AUAGCAUUAUCUGAAAAAAUUCAGUUCACAAAGUCCUUCCGAAAGACUAAGUCGAGGAAAGCAUCGAUGUCUUCGUUAUACAAAAUACUCCUGCUUUUAUUGAAAUGUUUAUUUACUCAAGUAAUACUUUGUUUUCCAUUGCAAAAUGAAACCUACUCGGUUUAUGACCAAAGACAGACAGGAAAAUAUAAUAUUCAUAUCAGCUUAAAAGAUGUCGCAAUCAUUGAAGUGGACAAAAACGAAUUUUCUGACGAUACGAUUAACAAUGGUGAUGAAUAUUAUUAUGACGAAGAAGAUCUCACAAUAAGUCCCAUACCAGUUUGGAUUUCUACAACCAUUAGAACUCCACAGGUAGUUGCGAACACUACAAAAAACAUUACUGUUGUUAAAGAACAGUCAAGUUUAGCAUUAAAUGACUCAAAUUUGGACUCUAAUCAUUAUUCUCCUAUAAUACCUUCUUUGGAAAGCAUAACUUUAAAAUAUAAUAUGAAAGCCAGUGUUGGAAAGAACAACGUUUCACAAGUUCCAAGCGAGUUUCGUUUGAAAACCCCUCAAAACGUCAGUAGUAUAUUUUCGAACCGAAAAGUAAAACCAAGGAUACCUAUUAUAUGCAGAAAUUAUCAAUUACGUGAUGCUUACGGAAACUGUCGCUCUGUUAGGCGUCAAACGUUAUUUUAAUUAAUUAGAAAAAGUCUUUUGGAUAUGAUACAAUUAAUGCGAGUGAAAAAUUGAUGUAUACUUACAAUGUAAACAGCAGUUUAAUCAUAUGUGUAUGUUCUAAUCGUACAGGCGUUCAUAUUUCGAUAUAACUGAGACAUCAAUUCAAGGAUCCAUUUGAUAGGUGCCAUGUUAAUGAGCAGCAACCCUUUCGGUGACAUUUUAUUUACAUUCUAAUAAAUACUGAAUUAACGUAAAUGAGUUUUGUUUUUAUUGAUCAAGCGUAUGAUAAGCUAUAUCUUAAGUAAGUUCCUUCUAUACUACCAAAUUGAACCAUUAAAAUAAAUCUUAAUUCCAUUAUACGAAAGACAUUUCUUUUUUUUAUAAACUAACACAUUUUAUAAUUUGAAAUUUAUAAUAAAGAUUACAGCGUUUUUUUUAAAUUUAAACUUGUAUACUCACAUUUUGAUCGAUUUUUAGAUAUUAAACUGUUCUUGUUAAUUGAUCUUAGGUUAAUCUUUUAGCAGAGCGAUAUUUCAGGUGAGAUGCUGUAAAAUUAAUCAGCAUUCGUCAUAAUUAUUUUAACUAUAAAUUAUAUUUGUAUUAUUUUACCCAAACAUUUCUUUAAAAAUGUUUAAACAGAAA